CAAACUCGAACAGACAAAAUUCUUAAUUGCGGAUUAAUUAUAUAUUUUAUUUCGUAUGUGCGUAUCAACGUCGACCAUACAGACAGGAGCAUAAGAAUGCCUACAACUCCGUGAUAAUGGAUGGUAACACAAGUCGACCGAUCGUAGAUACAACACGGCAGCCCGCAGCAAAACCUCCGAUGAUGUUGUCAUCACGUCAAAAACAGAAGCGCAGUGGAAGGUGCAAACGCAAUAACGUAUCACACGUCCCAUAACUUUCAAGUCUAAGCAAAUUCGUUUCUUAUUUCCUACCUAUACACUAUCAACUCGUCUCUUCAACCAAUUGGUCUUAGUUGUAUAGUAAAUCUACUCGCUGCACCGACCAUUCAAAUACAACAGCUAGAAAAACAUUACAAUGUCAGCAACUAGAAACACCGAAUCCAUGGCCCACCAGGGCGAAUUUCAUAGCCGCGUGCCACCCUCAGAGCCCCUGACCACUACCGGCCAUAAGCCUGGUGUCAAGGUUGGCAAUGAGGCCGUCCCAGAAUUUCACAUAGAACAGCACGCUCCGGGUACUGCUCCACGGGAACACACGUUUCAACCGCGACCCGAAGGCGAAACUCCGGCUGAGGCUCCAAAUGUCGAAGCCCAACGAUUAACCAAUCCCACUGAUACACUUGGCGGAACCACGUCCCAAGCAGUCCAUACUGGCUUGGGUAAGCCAAUUCAGGGACAAACGGGGGCGGAGUUACAUGGUGACAAUCAAGGACGACGAAAGAAGGAGCAUGCUGGCCUGGAAGGCGUUGGGGCCAGCGUGGGCGACACUGUCCGUCAGAAGGGGGCUGAUCUACCCGAGGGAGUAGAGAAAGGCACAAGAGGUAAGGGAAGCGUCGAUUACCCUUCGGCGUCGGAGCGCAUCCCAGCCAGCGCGGAGGAAGUCGCAGCGGAGCGCAAGGUACCUGAGCGCGCCUACGAUUACACACAAUCCGGGAAACCCAAAUAAAGCAAGCAAGAGUUGCAAUUGAGGGAAUGGGCGGAAGAAUAGAGGGAACCGAUACGUCUAACAGCAGUCGGGUUAAAUCUCUAUUUAUAUACUAAUCGGGCACAAAGUCGGGAUGGUGCGCGUUGUUUGGUAGAAUUAAUGAUCUCCACGAGGAUCUAUUACUUAUACCUAAUAGUCGAAAUAAGAUCAAUAUGGUAAACUAAAUCAGGGACUUGUGCAACCUGCAGAGAUAUGGGAUAAAAACUGUUGGUGCUCCUACAGCUGAAGAUGCGACAGAGUUCCCCAAUUUUGCGGCGGUGAUGGGUACUUAUUACCCAUAUAUAUAGGUGCUUACACUCGCUAAUCUGGCAGUCUGGUCCCUCUCGAGCCCUACAGAAAGGCCA